AUGCGUUCUGCCAUUGCCAUCUCUGCUGCCAUUGCCACCUUUGCUACCUCAGCCUUUGCUGCUAAUUGCAAUCCCUCUUACAACACACCUGGCUCCACUGAAUGCUUCACCAAAUGUAAUGUUAACGCUGGUCAAAAAUGGGUUCCUGGCUGGACCAUGGAUCACACUUCUGAGCUCUUUUUAGACUCUCUUGCUCUCAUGUGUAAUAAGUCCGGUCCUAACUAUGGUAGUUUCAUGGCCACUGCUGGUAUGUGUAUGGCCCGUUGUACUGGUGAUGAUCCUGAACUCUUCAAUGCUGAAUUCGCUGGUGCCUGUGCCUGGUGGAACACCCAUAAGAACGAUAAAUGUUCUGCUGCUACCACUACUGUAAAGACCACCUCCUCCAGCACCACCACAAAGACCUCUAGCUCCACUACAAAGGCUUCUACCACCGGUGCUUCUUCCACCUCUGCUGCUACUACCUCUGCCGCUACUACCUCUGCCGCUACUACCUCUGCCGCUACUACCUCUGCCGCUACUACCUCUGCCGCUACUACCUCUGCUGCUACUACCUCUGCUGUUCCCACCGGUGGUGCUACUGUCACUGUCACUAUUACCAAGACUGUCUCUGCCUGCCCUACUGAUGCUGUUUGCCAAUCUGGUUUCAAGGACAAAAAGAACGGAAAGGGACCUGAGGGCGCAUGUUGCUCUAGCCAAGCUGAUUGCCAGGAAAGCUGCAUCAGCGGAAAGUGCAAUGCUCCUAUUGCUUCCUCCUGUUAUACCGGCUCCAAUGGUAAGGCCUUAGGUGAUGGUUAUAACGGUGCCUGUUGCGAGCAUUCUGACGACUGUUGGGAAUCUUGCGUCAGUGGAAAGUGUAACGGCCCUUCUCUUGCCAGCUGCAACCAAGGCUUCUCUGGAAAGAAGGGUGGCAAGGGUCCAAAGAACGCAUGUUGCUCAUCCAACAGAGACUGUAAGAACAGCUGCGUCAAGGGAAAGUGUAAUUAA